AUGGCAAACAGUCCCAAUACCACAAGCCCUGAAGCUGUCAGACGUGCUCUGGAGUCCGCUAGGAACAGCGACGAUGGCCAGGUUGACCCAAGAGCAAAUGCUGUCCUUGAAGCUGCUAUCAACGAGAUAUGGCGGAGAAUACAAACCCAGCCAGACUCCUAUGUCCUCACUCGAGAUGAAUUCUCUCUCUUCAACUACUUCCGUGACCGAUUCAGAAACUCUCCUGUCGCUCAGCGCGCUGUCGAACGUUUCUGGAACAACUUCCGAGGCAACCCAUCCGAAAUUGACGGCUAUCUUCACCAUCGCCGUGCGUGA